CUGCGCAAUUCGUCAAUUGCAAAGUAGUCCCUGAGGAUGAGCCGCUCUGAUUGGAGAAAGGCGACACGCGGAUGGUUUGGGCUCAUGAAAAAAGGCUCUGCCUGAUGGCGCCUGGCAAUUGGCGGGAGAGACAGAGUAUGUAAGUCUAGGGAGGAGAGACCGACACCUUAGCGACAUCAUCCCCACGCGUGCGACUGAAACUUCAUCCUCCCCUGAGGGUAAACGUGGAAGGUAAAGAGACCUUCCGCUGCGUAAAGCUGGCUCGACCCGGAAACAAAAUCUUUUAAAAAACAAUUCACACUCUGGAGGGGAGGAGGAAUUAUUAAGUUGGGAUUACCCGACAGCUUCUGAGGUUGCUAAGCGACGAGGCGGGAGCGCGCGCACACUCAAGCCGCCGGGUAGCACCUGAGCGAACUGCGUCGGCGGCGACCCGGAGACCCUAGAGACGGAGCAAGCGUGUCGCUCCCUCCCGGGUCCAGGGACUCUUGCUUAGGAAGCCUCUGCCCGGGGUAGAAGCUUCUGUCCUGGUGAUGAGGCGAGAGUUUUCACGGGACGCCUACUCCGAAGCGAGCGGGAGCCGCGCUUCUUCCCCACUCUCGAGGCAGAACAGAGAUUCCUUCUGCCAUCAGAUGUCUUUCUGCUUGACUGAACUGCACCUGUGGUCUUUGAAGAAUACCUUACACAUUGCGGAUAGAGACAUUGGGAUCUACCAGUAUUAUGACAAGAAAGAUCCACCAGAGCAUGGUAACUUAGAAGAAAAGCAGAAGCUGGCAGAGUCACGAGAUUAUCCUUGGACGCUCAAAAACAGACGCCCAGAAAAACUCCGAGACUCACUCAAAGAGUUGGAGGAGCUGAUGCAAAACAGUCAGUGUGUGCUGAGCAAAUGGAAGAACAAAUAUGUCUGUCAGCUCCUCUUUUGUUCAGGUGUGCUGGUGUCCCUAAGCCUUUCUGGGCCACAGCUGGAGAAAGUGGUGAUUGACAGAAGCCUGGUGGGGAAACUCAUCUCAGACACCAUCAGUGAUGCUCUUCUCACAGACAGUUUCAUCAUCUUAUCAUUUCUGUCACACAACAAGCUCUGUUUUAUUCAGUUUACCAAGAAGAUGGAUUCUUCUGAUGUAAACAAAAGACUGGAAAAACUCUCAGCCUUGGAUUAUAAGAUUUUCUAUUAUGAAAUACCUGGCCCAAUAAACAAGACAACAGAGCGUCGUCUAGCUAUCAACUGUGUUCAUGAUAGAGUUGUUUGCUGGUGGCCACUGGUCAAUGAUGAUGCUUGGCCUUGGGCCCCCAUUUCUUCUGAGAAGGAUAGAGCCAAUCUACUCCUCCUGGGUUAUGCUCAAGGAAGGCUAGAGGUUCUGAGUUCUGUUCGCACAGAAUGGGACCCACUGGAUGUUUGCUUUGGAGCCAAACAGUCUUAUCAGGUGUUCACAGUGGAGCACUCCAUCAGUGUAGACAAAGAGCCCAUGGCUGACAGCUGCAUCUAUGAAUGUGUUCAGAAUAAAAUCCAGUGUGUGUCUGUCACCAGAAUACCACUAAAAUCAAAGGCCAUCAGUUGUUGCAGGAAUGUUACUGAAGACAAACUGAUUCUGGGCUGUGAAGAUUCCUCACUAAUUCUUUAUGAAACUCACCGUAGAGUGACUUUCUUAGCACAGACUGAACUUUUGCCUUCAUUAAUAAGCUGCCACCCAAGUGGUGCCAUUCUGCUAGUUGGCAGCAACCAAGGGGAGUUGCAAAUUUUUGAUAUGGCUCUCUCCCCUAUUAACAUCCAGCUGUUGGCUGAAGACCGCUUACCCAGGGAGACUCUGCAAUUCAAUAAAUUAUUUGAUGCUUCUAGCAAUCUUAUUCAAAUGCAAUGGAUAGCUCCUCAGUUUGUUUCUCGGAAGGCGGAAGAUAGUGAUAUCUAUGAUCUCCUCUUCCUCAGGUUUGAAAGAGGACCUUUGGGUGUGCUGUUGUUUAAACUAGGUGUCUUCACUCAAGGACAGCUGGGCCUGGUAGACAUCAUUUUCCAAUACAUUCACUGUGAUGAGAUCUAUGAGGCAAUAAACAUCCUGAGCAGCAUGAACUGGGACACUCUGGGCCACCAGUGCUUUAUCAGCAUGAGCGCCAUUGUAAACCAUCUUCUUAGACAACAGCUAACUCCAGAGAGAGAAGCACAGCUUGAGGCAAGCCUUGGAACCUUCUAUGCUCCAACAAGACCACUUCUGGAUACCACUAUAUUGAAAUAUAGGGACCAAAUCAGCAAAUAUUCAAGGAGAUUCUUCCACCAUUUGCUCAGGUACCAGAGAUUUGAAAAGGCAUUUCUCCUAGCUGUUGACAUUGGUGCUCGUGACCUGUUUAUGGAUAUUCAUUACCUUGCACUAGAUAAAGGUGAAUUGGCACUAGCUGAAGUGGCAAGAAAAAGAGCUAGUGACAUUGAUGCAGAAUCAAUAACCUCUGGAGUUGAACUACUGGGGCCCUUGGACAGAGGGGAUAUGCUAAAUGAAGCUUUUGUUGGCCUGCCUUUAGCACCUCAAGUGGAAGACUCAUUUCCAGAUAACCUCCCUCCCUCUGGUUCAUCUCACAGACAUACUGUACGACAAAGAAUACUGAAUGGCUCUUCUAACAGACAAAUAAUGGACAGAAGAAAUGAACUUGAAAAAGACAUCUGUUCUGGAUCUUUGAUGACUAACACCUGUAAUGCAGAAGAAGGAGAACUGGGUGAAGACUGCAGAGAACAGGAAACCAAAGAUGGUGGUUCUCUCAGAAUGAUUCACUUUGGUCUGGUGUAAACAACAAGAACAAAAGAAACCUGCCUUUUUCAUAUCUAAACUUUUUCAUGGCUUGAUACAGACUUAAAAUCUCCCUGUGUGGAUUCUUAACAAGGAGACAGUAUGAAUCAUAUGAAUUAGUUAAGAGUUCUAAGUGGAGUGUUUUCAAAAUAAAGUUUUAUUAUUUCAAAAACAUACAACAUAACAGCAAAAUGAUCGUAAGUCUUUAGUCUACUUAUUUUCAAUAAUGAAAACAUUUUGAAAGUGUCUUAAAUUGUACCUUAAUUAGGUGCUACAAAAAUAGCAUAUUUAAACUUUGUUCUCCCAAGUACUUUAAAAUGGGGCAGUAGGAGGCAAGCAUAGUGGCUCAUUCCUGCAGUCUCAGUGCUUUAGGAGAUGAAGGCUGAAGGAUCACUUGAGCCCAGGAGUUCAAGACUAGCCUAUGCAACAUAGUGAAACGCUAUCUCUAGAAAAAUUAGCCAGGCGUGGUGGUACAUGCUUGUGAAGCUGAGGCAGGAGAACUACUUGAGCCCAGGAGUUCAAGGCUACAGUAAGCCAUGGUCACACCACUGCACUCUAACCUGGACAACAGAGUAUGACCCUGUCUCAAAAAAAAAAAAAAAAAAAAAAAUCUUCUUCUGCUCUUGUUUACAUUAUUAAUUUACAUUAUAAAUACAGUAUUUAUUAUGCAAAUGUUUCAGUCCAGACCCAUUAUUAGAAGAUAGUUCUCCAUGGUUCUCUCAAAUUACUGCUAUGAGUAGUUUGCCCUGACUGCCCCUGGGAACAAAGAUACUGUUUCCCUCUGGAGCAAGGGGCGGGCAUAUGAGAUUUUAGUUCUUUAAGCUCAGAAUGCCUCUCCUUUACACUGCUCACUCUGUGUGUAGGUGACAUCUAGCCCUCUUAACAUUGUUCUGUAGGAAUAGAGCUCAGAGAAUCCAUUAAAAAAAAAAAAAAGAAAAGAAAAAAUGCCAAUGCCAAUACCCUGGCUACUAUCAUUUAUCUCUGACUCAGGAGUCUCAUGUCUUCUACCAGCAUCCAUGAAACUAUAGUGUGGUAACUUGUUUGCUAAUAAAGAGGAUAAAAUCUCAUACCCUUCACAGUUCUGACACCCAUUCUUUAGCAGAUAACCAAUAUUUCACAAUUAUAGACAUCUAUAAUAAUCAACAUUGUUAACUGCUAUACAAUUAACAUUAUAUAAUUAAACCUUAGAGUUAAAAGUUGAUAAGAUUGGAGGCUUUUACAUUUCAGAUUUUUCUACUUCCCAUUUAUCUGUACCUCUACCAGAGGAUAUGACCAAAAAAGAUGAAACUCAAAUUACAUGUUUUUCAUUUUGUUAUUGCUCUGAAAAAAUUUUAAUAAUGUAUAACAUGUAAGAAAAACUAAAAAGAGAUAUGGAGUUACCAGAAAAUUUUCAUUUUACUAUUCCCAUUCUUCUUUAUCACACAGAUAAUCAAAAGUUAACUAAUUUUUAGAGAAAAAUUGUAUUUAAAAAAUAGGAUUUUGUCAAGAUUGCAAAAUUUUCUCCAGAUUUUCUGGUAAAUAGUCAUUAACCCAAAAUACCUUUCCUGUGAGAUAUUAAAUAUAAAAUACAGAUUUUGAUACAGCUGUGUUGUUCUAUAAAAUGAUAAUAAUAAUGUUUGCUGGUUAUCUAGGUGAAAAUUAAACAAAUCAUAGUUCUUAAAGUACCCAUUUUCCCCACUUCACAUAUCUCUAGAAAAAUUAACUCAAAUAUACAGAAAACCAACUUUAGAUAGAAGUAUAUAUUAUGAUCUUUGAUAAUGUAUGAUUUAUAAGUGCUGUUAUUUCCCAGAUGUUGUCCAUCUGAGAAUGUUUAUUAAACAUUCCAGUAAAUUGAUAUUCCUGCUUUGCUAGAACCUGAAAGGAUUAUGAAGCUACCAUAGCUCUAAAGAAGAGUGAUAUAGGCAGGAACAGCUUGGUAGUAUCUGUCCUGGCACAGACAGGUUCACAGUGUCCUUCAGGAACAAACCCAUGAGCUUUUUCAACUAUUUUCCAGAUUUCUCAGAUCUGAAGUAAUUUGCACAGUAAUUUAUAUUAGCUAUCACGUGUGUCUUAUUGCUAGAAUAAAUUUCAUUUGGAAUGCUAA